AUGGUGGGCCGCUUCGCCACGUCGUCUAAGUCUGAAGAUCAGGAUCCUAAAAAACUCAAGAGGAAGAGAGCGCCUGCCGAUUCGGUUCCGACGGUUGCUCUGACUGAACCGGCGCCAAGGAAGGUGUCUCGUGCCGUGUCGACGAUCGCUGUUUCGGGUUCCAAGGGAACGAAAGCCGCUAAGAGAGUGGUUCCUACCCCUCUUAGUGUUUGUCUCGACGAGGGGGAGAGGCGCCAAGCCCCAGCGUCCGAGGAUGGUCGUGAACUAUCUUCUAAGUAUCUCGCCGAGGAGGCUUCUUUGGCUCGGGGGUCUUUGAUGUGUCUUUUGACAGAUGAUGGAGGUUCGAAGCCUUUUGCAGAGCUUCUCGCUAAUCUGAAGAAUCGGCGUAUGAGCAAGGCGAUGAAUGAGUUGUUUACUCCUGCCAAUGAUGCUCAUUUGUCCUCCCUUGGGAAGUUUGAGACCGAUGCCCUUCAUGAGAGUUGGGUUGAGUUUUCCAUCAGGAUGAUGACUUACACACGUCGAUGCUACAAUGGGGUUGCGGAUGAGGUAGAGAAGCUGACGGACGAGAUCGGGAAACUUCAGGAGAAAGAGAAGAUGCAUUUUUCGGAGGUAAGUGAGCUGAAGAAGAAGCUUCACUAG